AUGUCUGGAUUACUGUUCUUGGUGCUUUGCUUCUCUUUGCUCUACAGUUCACAUGCGCUACAGACUCCCAGCGUUGUGACUACCGUCGUGUAUGUUACGAGUACAAUCUGCCCCGUGCCGCCGACAUGUCUGCGGUCUACAACUUCCACCACAAACACACCUCCUUCUUCAUUUAUUACGAGCACCUCAACUUCCAAAGCGUCCACGACCACAUCCACAACCAGCAGCGUCGUUGUAUCCCCUACUGACAAUCCCUUUACAAUACGCAUCUUCACCCAAGAUGAAACCUUACAAAAGCGUGCCUACCAUUACGUUGCCUUUGACAGUGAUACCGCAAUCAUAGUGGACGAUCUUCGAGACGCUGCCCUUUUCAAUCUGGUCAACGGAUAUCUGAUCAGUGAUAACAAGUUCGUCGGUGUCAGCAAUGCCACUGGAUACCAGGUAUUGCAAAAAUACGACCAACCUGUAAAUGUGAGUGUUGGAUGGUUCAUGGAUUCCGACCGUGGUAUAGGCAUUCAAAGUCCACUGUUCGCUGCGGGUGAUGGCACCGCUGGAUUCUGCACCCUUCCGAAUGGAACUGUCGUGAUGGAGAUUACGGACUCUCCGGAAGCAUGCUCCGAUGCGGAUUUGGCAGCCCUUCCCAUGACUCCAACAUCCACAAGCAGCUUGGAGACGACGACCACAACCACUACCAUGAGUACGGAUGCUGUAGGGGCUACUACGACCAGUGACUCUACAACUUCCUCGGUACCGGUUACGACAAGUUCUGUGUCGCUUCCAACGACGACCACGUCGACCACCACCUCAGCUCGGCCAACAAGUACGACAGCAACAUCACCGUCCAGCACUGUCACAAGUUCGACAGUUGCUAGCGCGACAACGAGUAGCACGACUAACUCAGCCUCAAGUACUUCGAGCUCUACCACCUCGACCUCGACUUCGGGCGUGACCACGACCACAAGUACUUCGCAAUCUAGCAGUGCGGUGUCAAGCACUACCAGGUCCACUACAUCCACUGCCCUUACGACCACGUCAACGUCAACGUCAACAUCUAUGCUCACAACCAGUCCCUCCUCCACCACUAGCACUACCACUCUAAGUACGCCAACCCUCGACCUCAACGACACGUUCGACCAUAGCAACCACUUCAACGACGUCGACAACCUCAACAACCUCAACAUCAGGCAGAUCUACCUCCACCUCAACGACGACGAGCACGACAACGAGCACUUCUACUACAGCAACGACAACAACGACAACAACAACGAGUUCCACCACAUCAACUCCAACGUCGAGUACCACGAGCACUACGUCGACGUCAACGACUUCUACCACGUCAACGACAACAUCAACUAG